AUGGUCCAGGUGGAUGCUCUCUCUGUGUCACUAAAUGGGAAAAAAGCUGAGGCAGGACCAUGGAUUGACAUACUGACCUCUAGAGACUCAGACCAUCUUAACAAAGUGCUGAUGGGACUGGAGCUGGAGAGCGGAAAGAUGGUGGAUCAGACUGUGGAGAAGCGGUUUACAGGAGACGUUCAACUGAGUUUGAAAGUUUUAAUACAGUGCAUUCAAAACCCUGGCUACCUGACCAAAAGACUAAAAACCAUGAAGGAAGAUGCUACGCCAGUAGUGCAGGGGAUUAUGGUGUCUCACUGUGAGGAAGAUCUGUUGUGUAUCCGAGCUGCCUACCUUAAAUUAACAGGCACUUCUCUCUACACUGCUCUGCAUAAACAAUUCAAAGGAGAUCAUCUACAGGCUCUGCUGGCCAUCUGUCGAUCUGAAGAUUAA